CGCGCCCCCCAACCACCUUUCGACCCAUCGUUCUCUCGAGCUUAGCACACUACCAAUUUCUCAUCCUCGACCGCAAAGGAUAGCCACCAUCUCACAUCCACUUUCAAUCGUAUAAGUCACGAGUAUCAGGAUAUCAUCCACGCGAAUCGCCGACAUCAUCCGUCGCAUUCGUCAUGAAUAAAAAUUGGAAUGACAGAGCCGACAAGGAUCUGUUCUUUACCAUCCUGUCUGUGAAGAACAUUGGCGUCAUCAGCGGUUCGGAAUGGACGACCAUCGGCAACCACAUGCGCACACUGGGUUACGGCUUCACCAAUGAAGGCUGUAGCUUUCUCAUCUUCUCAUUCUGGAUCCGUCUCCUUUGCUCCAUUUCCAUACAGAAACUAACGAAAUACAGACAACACUUUCAGGGCCUUCGUCGUGCCCAGCACAAGAGUGAGACAAAUGGAGGGAGCCCUGACAACCCUCGCAAGGUCGACCCAACAACAAAUCCAAUCACUCGUCGUCCGGGCCCGGGUCGUGGGAGGCCCAAGAAGCAGCCUCAGCAAGCCGCGCAGAUGGCCAUCGCCGUCUUGUCUGAGCAAAACGGUGAAGCCAGCCAGCCUAGCCAACUUAGUCAAAUUGGCCCCGAUCAAGAAGUUCAAGCUGGUCAACCUCAACCUGUUAUUCAGCCCGACCUUCAAACCGAUAUAACCGAUCUUCAGUCAAGUCUUCAUCAGUCCGAUUUCCAGCCCAGUCCUCAGCCCGAUCUUCAGCACAACCACCAGCCCGACCUCCAACACAAUCACCAGUCCGACCUUCAGCACACUCACCAACCCGACCUUCCGCAUGACCUUCCGCAUGACCUUCAGCACGACCCCCAGCCCGAGCACCAGCCCACUCAUGAGGAGUCUAUCCAGGAUGACCACACCCACUUGGAAGCAUCCAUCCUGCCUGACAGUCUCAUGUCGGAGUCUCUGGACCUUCCCCUUAAAGACGACGCUCUCGACUUGUCUCUCAAAGACGACAACGAUGACGAACAAGACGGCCCCGAUGCCAAGAGAAUCAAGCUCGACAACCCUGCUCAUGACCAUGACCAUUCUCUCGUCGAUGACGAAGCUGUGUUAGCUUUGGCCGCGCACAGCGAACCCCCUUCUGAUGGCUACAACUCCGAGUAUCCCACAGCCGGCUUGACCGGUUCAGACCCGCACACUUCCUUCUUUGGUCCUGAGACAUGAGAGUAGCGAUCAACCCGCUUGAAAGCUCAUGAGGCCAAGGCGGCGUCGGACGCAGCGAAUACAUUCGAAUUUGGCGAAUUUGAUGAUUUAGACUAGGCGUCAAAUCUAUAAACCCGAGCCAGUCGAUAUUCCUCCUUCCCAUCAGUUUUGUUAGAUCAAGGCGUUAUGCAUCAAAGCGGUAGCGGCAUCCGGAGCGAGGUUAUGAACACGAC